UUCUCGUCUCGUCUGCUGCGUGUUUUUAUUUUAUUUUAUUUUAUAUUAUUUUUCUUUUCUUUUCUUGUGUGUGUGUUUUGUGUUGGUGUUGCGGAGUUCUUUUUCUUUUAUGGAUGGUGAUGUUAUGGUGAUUAGGAGAUGGCAUGGUGUAUUGUGUAAGGUGUCUCGAACUGUGUAGAAACCCCAGGAUUAGGGCUUGUGGUCUGCGGAUGGGAUUAGAGGGAGGUCUUGUAGGAAGAUUGCCGCCGUGGUGGUGGAGGUGGAGUGAUUGCUGGCGAUUCGGUAGAGUUGAAUUGAGCUUGGGCUUAGGCGGUGGUGCAUUCAUUGAGGAUGGGGAUGUGAUGGUCUUACGUGAUUAUCAGGUGUGCUGUAAGUUUUGGGCGUGGCGAAGAAAUGGGUGACGUGCGUGCUUGAGAGUUAACGUGCUGGAUUUAGCGAGAGUGUGAAGUUGUGUUUGAUUUGCUGCAGUGGUGAUUCGGGCCUAUUUUUGUACCUCUCGGGACCCUUCGAUUUCUUUUCAGAACGAGGAUUUUGUGAGGUAUUCUAAUCUGGAUGUUUCGGAUUAAAGAAUAGACCUUUCCGCGGCAGAAUGGCGAAGAAGAGGAAGUCCGAGAAUGCAGCACUUGACGAGAUGGAGAGGACUCUUUAUACUUCGUUUUGCACUACUGCAAAUUCUAUUUCCCACUUUUACACUCAGGCUCAGAAUCAGCAGAAGCUGUCUUUUCAAGCAGGCGAAAGACACGCAGUGGAGAAGCUGUAUCAUUGGUUGCUACGGGAGCACCAAAGUGGGUCCAAUAUAACCGUAGCACAAGUUAUUCAAAAUCUUCAGAGCGAACUUGAAGUUGGCAAUGUAGACGAGAUGACAAUGUCUCCAGGGCAUCAGUUGCAGCAGCAGCAGAUGCAGCCUAGCGUCGUCGGUAGUGUGGGAACUUCUGGGCGAUCAUCUGCAUUGUCUACACCCCUCGACCAGGGUAAGAUAUCAGUCUUUCAAGGUGCUCUCUCCAGUCCCAAUAGGCGAUGCCUUACUGCAUUUGCAAUGGCACCAAGUAGCUAUGGUGUGCACAACACCUCCGUGCAACCUGUCAGAAGGGGCAGUCUGAGCUUAGACCAACCAGCUGUUGAUUUGCGAGAAGACCGUCUGGAGUCGGCCACAUAUGAGGACGUGUCUACUACUAGUUUUGGCUUUCAAACUCAGCAUCACCAGGAUCAGCAAUCCCACCAACAUCAUCAGCAUCAUGUCCAACAUAUGCGGGAUGGUUCGCAUACGCUUAAUGAAAAUGAUUCCAGUAUGGACAUGCGUGUGGAUGGUGUUGCCGACGAUUAUUAUUGCUGACCCCGUUUCAUGGAAAGCUGGUUCACAACAUCGGCAUCGUCACCGGCUUACUGGCAUGAUGUACAGGCAAUUUCAGAGGCGGUGAUUCGUUAAUGCUGGUCAGCGUUAUCUAUUUUGUUCACACGAUUGCCUAAUUGGUUUUCAUUAUACAGAUGACAUAUGUAUGUUUCUGCAGUUUGUGGCACCUGAAUAUGGAACAACUGCAAGGACUGUCAACAGCUUGCACUGGUAGAAAGAACUGUAAGAAACAGGAUUGAAAUGUGCUUAAAGGGAGCCAUUGCAAUGGUGAUCCGAAGGUUGUUCAAUGGUUCGUGGCUCAAGCCAGUUUUUAGGCACCCAACAAGCAGAUUGAAUUAUGCUCGCUCCCAAACUAGGGUCAACUGUAUAUCUGUUGGCCAGGGCUCAACAAUGGAGUCUUGGGAAGCUGUAACCAAGUAUGCUGUAGAGCAAUGUGUAUCGAUUAAACAUUCUAGAGAAAUAGAAUGUUUGCAACUGAAUGCAGUCACUGCAUUGGUACAUAUCACUAAUAGGAAUUUGUUGGAGGAUUAUAAUGGGAUUUCAGUAAACGGGACAUGGAGGUUGCUAGCAUAUUGUAGGCUGUAGCUUUAUGUAUAUGGCAUCAUCUAUUAUUCACUUGUAAAUUAUGGCUAUUGCGCUGUUUGUUCACCUUUUU